UCGACAGCGAUGUGGCUCCGAGGAGUCGUCUCGAGCUACCUCACGCACCACUUCUUGACGACGAGCGGCGAUGCAAGCACGGCGCACACGGACGCAAGCAAGCCGGCAUCGCAUCAAGGAGAUGCCAAGGACAAGACGGCGCGGUACCGCAUGUGGUAUCGCAUUCUCUCGAAUCUCAUGGCCGCGCUCCUCAUUUGCCUCUCGCUGCUCAUGCUCGGUAUUGUGAUUGCCCAAGGCACCUUUCAUCGCGAGGUCGUGCAGUACCACUCGCAAGACGAGAGCUUGUACUGGAACGACUUUGGCGCCAACUGUCUCUUGCGUUCCAACGGCUUUGUACCCCACUCGUGCGCCGUUGACGAGACCAACAUUACAGGCACGAUCGAGGCGUGGGACGGCUUUGGUGUUGCCCUCGCUGCGGCGCUCGAUGUGCCGCCACGCGCGACGUACCGCGUCUCGACGUGCUGGAUGGGCGCGACGCCAGUGAUUGGCUGGGCGUCGUUUCAGGUCGUCGUCGGCUACGACUACUUUCCCGCAUGCAACCCCAUGAACGGGUCGCAGCUCGUCGCUGGCGUCGCGAUGCUCGAGACUGCUGCACGCCCCGGAUUCCCGCUUGGCGUCUACCUCCUCACAGCGUUCUCGGAUGCCCGCAUGAACACGUCAUAUUCGUACGUGGGCUCGGACGGCGUGACGACGCCGAUCGUGGCCGGGCUUUCCCACACCAUCAUCACGCCCAACGGCACCAUUUAUACGGACGACAUUGGCAUGAACUCGGUCAUUACGUCGCACCCGCUCGGGCCCCGGUACGCGAUCGUCUCGUACAACAUUGGCCAGAUCCUCAACAUGACACCGUACCUCGGCACAGUCGCGGGCUGGUGCACGGGCCGCGACUCCAAGCUGCCAAUCCUAACAGGGUGGUUCGUCGGUCAUACGGUCGAGAACGGCGACGAACUACUCGCACUGCAGAUUCUCUUUUCCGCCAUGAGCAUCUACUUGUUCGCGGGCGACGUGUAUAUGACGAUCGAAGGACUCAAGGGUGUCUUGCGCAACAAGCCCGUCUUGACGUACGACGUGCUCUCGGGUCUCGAGCGGCGCAAGCUGCUCAUGCUCUGCAUUACGCUCAACUCGAUGCCGUCCAUCCUGUACAUUGACGUCGCGCGCAUCUACUAUGGCACCGACUCGGGGCUCCAAAUCUGGGCGAUCGCCACCGUCUCGCUGAGCAUCUUUGCGGCCUUUAUGGGCUUUCUCGCCAUUACGCUACUGCAAUACCUCCCCGCCGUGCCCAAGCUACGCUAUAAGCUCGUGUCGUUCUCGGCGCCGCUCUUUCUCUACGGCAGCAUUGGCCUCGUGGCUGGCAACAUUCAAAACCAAAUGCAAACACUCAACCUCCAGUUUAGCAGCGGCGCGUUCAACCUCGCGUUUUACGCCCGGGGCGCCUUUUGGGCGUCUGGCGCCUACGCCGACGACGGUGCACCGACAGCGAUUGGGCAGCUACUACCGCGCAUGUGGUCGCCAGUGCUGGUGGCGCUGCUGAUUGCGACCGUGUACUCCAAGCUCAUGCGCUUCCUCGAAGGCCGGUCACUGCUGGUCCACAUUGAGUGGGCGGCGACCAACGAUUUCCUCAGUGAGUGCGGACUGCCAAAAUACAUUUCGAGUAUGCCCCUGGGGCAGCACCAAGGCAUAAAGAUCGGCAACCGCACGUUUUGCAAACCGAGUACCCAAGUGCUCUUUGGGUAUGCAAGCGUCGCGCCCGUUGUCUCGAGCAAGAAGGUCCUCGUCGCCGACCCCAAGAAGGAAGACCCUGAAAUCGAGCUCGUGAGCGUCUACGAUUUGGUUUGGGCGGUCUUUGGCUCCCUCUGCUCCUUUCGGCCUCUUCGCGUCGGAUCCAAUGUACGCAAUCAUUUUACGGCCGUCCCACGCGACGCCCGUCGUUUACCUCGCAGCAAACAGUACGCACACACGCGCGGCAGUGCCAUCGACUAGAAGCCGUCUCUACUUGGAUACAUAUAUG